GCCGGAGACACCGACAAAAUGGCGGUGCCGAACUGAGAGGCCCUUGGCGGCGGCGGCAGGCGCUGGCGGAGGGAUCGAGAGGCCGCUGCCGGUAUCGCGGAGGGCCGCGGCGGUCGUCGCCGCGCGGGCGGGGCUGAGCUUUGUGUGCCCACACCCGGCCCCGGGGCGCUGCCGCCGCCGCCGCUGCCUUCUCGCCGCAGGAUAGCAGUUUGGGUUGUGACGAACUCCAGCACUACAGGAACCAUGGUUUCACAGUGAAGAGCCACUGCUUUCCCCAGUUCUAAAACUACCAGCCACCCUUCCUUGAAUUUUGGAGUGUGCGAGUCCUUGGUGGAGGCUGCAUAUAUACAUGUUUUCAUGAAGAGAAGCGAGAAGCCAGAAGGUUAUAGACAGAUGAGGCCUAAGACUUUUCCUGCCAGUAACUAUACUGGCAGCAGCCAGCAGAUGCUACAGGAAAUACGAGAGAGCCUCAGGAAUUUACCUAAACCCUCAGAUGCUGCUAAAGCUGAUCAUAGCAUGAGUAAAAUGUUAUCUGAAGAUCCGAGACAUGGCAGAAAUCCCCCCAAAUUUGUAACAUAUCAUAAAGUUUUACAGGAGAUCAGAAACUCACUUCUGCCUUUUGCAAAUGAAACAACCUCAGCUGUCAAAGGAACAUCAGAGGUUAAUCGACAAAUGCUGCAAGACUUACAAGCUGCUGGCUUUGAUGAGGAUAUGGUUAUACAAGCUCUUAGACAAACUAACAACCGUAGUAUAGAAGCUGCCAUCGAAUUUAUCAGUAAAAUGAGCUACCAGGAUCCUCGUCGGGAGCAGAUGGUUGCAGCAGCAGCAAGGCCUGUGAAUGCAGGGAUGAAACCACCAGGAGGGACUGUACAGCAGUCUGUUAACCGCAAGCAGAGCUGGAAGGGUUCUAAGGAGUCCUUGGUUCCUCAGCGGCAUGGGCCUUCCCUGGGAGAUGGUGUAGUUUAUCGCUCAGAAAGCCCCAGCUCUCAGCCUGAUGUGGGAAGGCCGCUAUCCGGAUCUGGCAUUGCAACAUUUGCUCAGGCUCAUCCUGUAAAUGGACAGAGAGUGAACCCCCCGCCUCUACCACAGAUAAGGAGUGUCACUCCUCCUCCUCCACCUCCUCGAGGACACACACCCCCUCCAAGGGGAACGACUCCUCCACCUCCUUCCUGGGAACCAAACUCUCAAACAAAGCGUUACUCUGGAAACAUGGAGUAUGUGAUCUCCCGUAUUUCUCCAGUGCCACCAGGAGCAUGGCAGGAUGGUUACCCACCUCCACCUAUGAAUCCUCCACCCAUAACUUCUUCCACACAGGGUCAGAGAGGCAUGAGCACUGUUCCCAUUGGCAGGCAACCAAUAAUCAUGCAGAGUUCUGCCAACAGUAAAUUCAGUUUUCCCUCAGGAAGAGCUGGAAUGCAAAAUGGCAAUUGUCAGACAGAGUUCAUAGUUCACCAGAAUAUGGUGCCUGGGAACUCGGUGAGUCGCCAGCCACCCCCAUACCCCAUGAAUCCAACCAACAGGCAAAGUCCCACAGCACUACAGAUGCAGGCAGGGGGAUCUGCUCCUCCUUCAGCAUAUACCAAUGGGAGUCUUCCUCAGGCAGUGAUGGUGCCAAAUAGAAAUAGUCACAACAUGGAACUUUACAAUACAGCUGUAGCUGGAAUACCUGCGUCUUGGUCACAGCCUUCCCCUGUGCAGCCACAGUCAUCGCCUGGCAAUGGGCAUGACAUGCCUGCAUGGCAACCCAAUGUUCCUGUACGGUCAAAUUCUUUCAACAACCAUCAUGGCAAUAGGCAAAGUCACUCCAGCAACUCUCAGCCUUCAGCUACAACAGUAACAGCUAUAACACCAGCUCCCAUUCAGCCACCAGUAAAAAGUAUGCGUGUGUUAAAACCCGAGCUACAGACUGCCCUAGCGCCCAGUCACCCUUCCUGGAUGCCACAGCCAGUGCAAUCUGUUCAGACCAUUCCGUUCUCUGAGAGUCCCUCUACAAACAUGGCAGUUAUGGCCCCUGUUGGAGAGGCUCCAAAUUACCAGGGUCCCCCACCACCUUACCCAAAACACUUGUUACACCAGAAUCCCUCUGUCAGUCUCUAUGAGACUGGACCCAAGCUCAACAAGGAGGAACCACCUAUUUUAUCCAAGGAGGAUGAGAAUGAAAAGAAUUAUGAAUGUGUUGAUUCAACAGAUAAAGAAAAGAAACAAAUUACAACAUCACCUGUUCCUGUUAGAAAAAACAAGAAAGAUGAGGAAAGAAGAGAGUCCCGCAUUCAAAGCUAUUCCCCUCAGGCCUUUAAAUUCUUCAUGGAGCAGCACGUGGAGAACAUACUGAAGUCACAUCAACAGCGUUUGCAUCGGAAAAAACAACUAGAGAACGAAAUGAUGCGGGUUGGGUUGUCACCAGAAGCCCGAGAUCAAAUGAGGAAAAUGUUGUGCCAGAAAGAGUCUAAUUAUAUUCGACUAAGAAGAGCUAAAAUGGACAAGUCGAUGUUUGUAAAAAUUAAAACCCUGGGAGUUGGUGCAUUUGGAGAAGUUUGCUUAGCAAGAAAAGUGGAUACUAAUGCGUUGUAUGCAACCAAAACGCUGAGGAAAAAAGACGUCUUGCUUAGAAAUCAAGUUGCUCAUGUGAAAGCUGAGCGAGAUAUCCUUGCAGAAGCUGAUAAUGAAUGGGUGGUUCGCCUGUACUAUUCAUUUCAAGACAAGGACAAUUUGUACUUUGUAAUGGACUACAUUCCAGGAGGUGAUAUGAUGAGUCUUCUAAUUAGAAUGGGUGUAUUUCCAGAAAAUCUGGCACGGUUCUACACAGCAGAACUGACCUGUGCAGUUGAAAGCGUUCAUAAAAUGGGCUUCAUCCACAGAGAUAUUAAACCUGAUAAUAUCUUGAUAGACCGUGAUGGUCAUAUUAAAUUGACUGACUUUGGGCUCUGUACAGGUUUUCGAUGGACCCACGAUUCAAAAUACUACCAGAGUGGUGAUCAUGCACGUCAAGACAGUAUGGAUUUCAGCAGUGAAUGGGGUGACCCAGCAAACUGCAGGUGUGGAGAUCGGCUGAAGCCACUUGAACGCAGGGCUGCACGUCAGCAUCAGCGCUGUCUGGCCCAUUCCCUUGUUGGCACACCCAAUUAUAUUGCACCAGAAGUGUUGUUGCGAACAGGUUACACACAGUUGUGUGACUGGUGGAGUGUUGGAGUAAUUCUCUUUGAAAUGCUAGUGGGGCAGCCUCCGUUCCUGGCACAAACACCACUGGAAACACAAAUGAAGGUUAUCAACUGGCAAACUGCACUUCAUAUUCCACCUCAAGCUAAAUUGACUCCAGAGGCCUCUGAUCUUAUUAUUAAACUCUGCCGAGGGCCAGAAGAUCGUUUAGGCAAAAAUGGUGCAGAUGAAAUAAAAGCUCAUCCAUUUUUUAAAACAAUUGAUUUUUCAAGUGAUCUACGGCGGCAGUCUGCUUUCUACAUUCCCAAAAUUGCUCAUCCUACAGACACAUCCAACUUUGAUCCGGUUGAUCCAGAUAAAUUGUGGAGUGAUGAUGAUAAGGAAGGGAACAGAAAUGAUACACUCAACGGAUGGUACAAAAAUGGCAAACAUCCUGAACAUGCUUUCUAUGAGUUCACCUUCCGAAGGUUUUUUGAUGACAAUGGCUACCCAUACAACAAUCCAAAGCCCAUUGAGUAUGAGUAUGGUAGUUCCCAAAACUCAGAACAGCAUUCAGAUGAUGAUGAUGAUGACGAACAGGCAGGUAGAGGAGUUCAGAACCGUGACCUGGUUUAUGUUUAGUAGAGGAAUAAAGAUUAAAAACUAAAUAAACUUAUUUUGUAGCUGAAGUUUUUGAGAAGUCUCUUAAGAGAAUUGAGAAAAGAUUGCUACAGUAAAUACAUGCACAUUUUUUUAUUUUUUAAACACUAAGGAAAUUGUGUCUUCAUUUUCCCUCUCUGUACAUUUUGUUUCCCCAGAAUACAGGGAAAUCCUUCUCAAGUAUUAAUUUAUUCCAGCAUUAUUAAUUGUUUAAUUUAGAAAAGAGUGAUUUGAUGUUAGGUAAAAAAAAAAUCAUCACUUGAAAUUUAUUAUUGUUUCUCCGUACUCUAAGUACUCAAAAUAGGAAAUAGUGAUCAAGGGUUUUGUUGUUUUGUUUUUCUUUUCCUGAAGAUGAUGCCUGUUAUGUAUUUGUACAUAUGCUGAAUAAUUUUAGAAAACAAAAUCUCUGCUUCAGAUCUUCUAAUGAGUCUUUCCUUGCAUUGACCAAAUAUAAAACCUACUUUAUGCUUAAUAGAGCUUUCUGAUACAUUUCUGAAGAGAAAAAAGAAAAAGGCUGCUGUACCCUCACUUUUCACUGUAUUUAGCUUGAUAAUUCACAGUAUUGGAAAAACUGAGCCAUCUAUCUGGUGAAAUGUUUCCAGCUGCUGUGGUAGUGGUAUAGUUCUCAGCUUUGGAUUAAGAAAGUAUCAGUCUUUGCUAUAGUGUGAUUGUAAAGUGAUAAAGAAUUAGAACUAGUAUUUUAUUUAAAUAGUAAUUGAAUUUAACAUUAGUAUGCUGUAGCAUGUGCCUGGUACUCCUAAAGCAGAAGGACUGCUCUCUCGGGAGCAACUCGAUUAUAUCCUGUCAUCAGUUCUUCUAUCAUUAUGAGAGGAAAAGAAACCUUAGGAAAAACACUUUUUGAAAUGUAGUUUAGUUUCCUGACUAAAUCCAAACUGUAAAAAGUGUGUACAGUUCUGCUUUAGUUGAGAUUUUUAGUUUGAAAAAUAAAUUCUAGAAUAAUUUCUUUAUUACAGGUUUGAGAUAGUAAUGGAGAAAGAUGAUAAAUUAUGGCAUUUGAGACUGUUGCUGUGGAGACCAGUUUCACUGGCUUUAAUAGCUUUCGUCCUAGUUAUGCAGACAGUGAGGAGAAAUGUCAUGCACCAGUCCAUCUGAGCCAUCACUACAGUUUCAGUGGUCCAUCUUUCACAGUCCCAUUCAUAACCUAAUUAGGAACUGAACAGCUGUGUUUGCUGCCUUCUGCAUUACUGUUUUCACAAUUUCACUCAUCAGGUGAGCAGACAUCCCCUUGGGUCUCAUGGUGGGAGGGUACUGAGCCUGCUGAAGUUGCUGGGACCAGGGAGGGGGGCAACCCUCUGAGCAGCUUCCCUGGGACAAGACCAGGAGCUACAGGUGAGAGGCAGGAAGAAUUACGGGGUUUACCUCUUUCUCUCUUCCCUGCUUUCUCCUGAAGCUAACAUAGUGGUAAAGAAAAUGCACUAUUUUUGGUAAAUUUCAUGUCUUUUAUAACAUUGCCUCCUCCUUGGAAUUGAAUUCCAAAGGAUAAUCUAAUAUUGUGCCUGUAAGCAUUACUACUUUCUUGAAUUAUUUGUGCCAUUGCACUGGCCUUGUGACUGUCUAAAAAUCAUGAAAUUUGUGUUUGUAACUAUUCUUGCAGCAAACGCCAGGUACUCGUUUACUUUUCUCACUGAGCUGGUUCAAGAAAUUCUGGUGCGCUUCAGGCUGUUUGUUCCCUUUCUGUGUGUCUGUGCCAGUGCAACUGUCUGCAGUUCUAAGCUACAUACUAGAUCAGUGAAAAAACUGCUUGGUGUUUACAAGACAUCUCUGAAUGCUAAAAGUGUUCAACUGAGUGAUCCAGUUUCCCGUGUGGUCCAAAAACCGAUUUAUAUUGGCAUAACCGAGGAAGGAGUAAACUGCAGAAAAGGCAGUUUGGCAACCUUUUCUGCCAAAGAAAGCGGGGGGAAAUGUCUUAAACAAACUUGAUCACAGGAGAAAACAUUUGUAGAAGUUCAUCCCUCUACUGUGAAGUUGUUAUCAUGGUUAGAAGAUGGUUUUCCCAAGCAGGUAGUUAGUUAAUUCCUGUAAUGAAAAUGGGUUUAUAUCUUAACAAAAUUCAUGUUCUGUCUGCUUGUUCCACAGUUGUUGAAAUCGAAUAGCUUUUAAGAUUCAUUUCAUUUAGCCUAAAUAUUACAAAGUGACUGCAGUGUAUAACUACUCCAUUUUAUAUAUUAUGUAAAAAAGAUUGUUUUCCAUGUAAAUAAACUAUAAAGUUAUCCUCCUUCAUACUAAGUAUCCCAGUAAAACUGGUCUAUUUGUCUUGGAGUAAAGUAUAAUAUAUUACUGGUUAAAGGUGAUUUAAUCAAGCCUGCUUUACUGUUUGUGAAGUCUGCAGAGAAAAUAAUGUCAAUUCUUCAUUAAAUUGACUGUUAAAAUUGCAUUUUUAUCUGACUAUAUUUCUCCUCUGCCUGCAUUGUAUUAUGUUUUAUCCAGUUUUACACUAUAACUGGUCUUUAGCCAGUGUGUUGGGGGAAAAAAAAAGGGUCCUAUAAAGGCAUCACUGCAGUUCCAUAAAAGCAAAACUGUUUGCUUAAGGACAUGUGCAAGUACUGAAAUAUAAAAUAUUCUGCUAUUUUUAAAGAAAUACAGGGAGAACUCAUACCUGUAGAAUUUUGUAGAUGCUUCUGGCAUUUUUCUUUUACCUUGUGUUAGAAGUUGUAGUGUACCUUGUUUGAACUUUGCCACCUAUAUGCUGCAGUAUUGUAUUUUUUCUUGGAGAAAUGCAGUGUGUUACAGUCCAAGUUCGCUGAGAAAGUUAGUUUUACAUAAAUGUUGUCACAACUGUCCAACAUGCUGUGCCUGACCCAUGUUUUGAAACUUCUUGUUUCAUACGUAGAUUUGGAGUCUGUUGAGAUUCUUCAUAGCUGCUGCUUAAAACAUGGGUGUUUCACUGGUAACCUAUGAUGGGGAUUGGUUUGUACAGACAGGUGAGCAGAGAGGCUCUUAACCAGCAGCUGUGGAAUUCUGCAGUAAGUUUUAAUUCAGGUUACUUUCAUUUUGUAUAGCAUGAAAGCAAAUUUCUCUUUUAUGUUCUCUUGUAUACAUAUUAAUUGUAUUUAUAAAAUAUUCUAUAAUCCUGUAACUGUACUGUAAAUACUAUUUGAUACUCAGUGGCAUUCUAUCCUAGGGCAGGCCCUCUUGCUGUGUCUUUUCUAUCCUCCAUUUGUAAUAGAAUCUAUAGGAUAUACGGCUAGAACGUUUCUUUGAGACUGAAGUAUCUUCUGCUGUUGCAAAGCUGUGAGUGGAAAUGAUUUAUUUAGACCCCCUUUAAUAUUAUUCAGUUAACAGGCAGUGCAGUGGGUGGGUUCUUAGAUGAUGCUGCUGCCAGGCAAGAUACUAUUAGGCUUUGGUUUCAGAUGACUUGGGUGUUUCAGAUCAGGCCUUAAAAUCUGUUUGCUUAGAUUCAGCCAAAGCAAAAAGAUUGUAAAUUGGGUCAAUGUCGUAGUAAAAUGUUUGAAUGCCUUAAGAUGCUCCUGAUAAAGGCACUAUUCAAGUUUACUGAUUUAUAUAUAUCUAUAUAGAUAUAUAUAGAUAUAUUCUACAUGUGUAUAUGUAUAUAUAAUGUCUUUAUAUUAUAAAUAUCCUUCUGAUUGUCAGUUCUUUUGGAUCUUCCAAUUAAAUACAUAGUCCACAGCACUGCUCUGCUUAAGCAAAUUCAUUUAUUACACACUCAGUUAGUAAACUUAACAUUAUGUUGCAUUAUCCCACACCUAUAACAAGUUACUCACUGAUCUUUUGAGUAUUCUGUAGUUGUCUCUGUCAUGACAUGGACUCUUUUGCCAGGUCUCUGCAUACCUGUGUUACAUGAUCUCUGAAUGCUCACUGAUAUGUCUGGGUUUCAUGGGGUUAAGUAGUGGUGGUGGCUGGGACCAGCGUCUUUAAGCCCCCUGAUAUUCCUAUGAAAAGAGCAUGCAUCUUCUAUGCUGACUUUUCCAGUAGGUACCCAGAGUGCCCAUCCCCUUGUACAGAAGAGCUAGAUUUCCUCUGUCUACAUCCAGCACAGGCAGCUUCCUUGCCUAUACUGACUGAACGUUAGCACAGCAUGCAUAUUUGACCAAGGGCAUAUGCAUGAAUGGAUGGUUGACACUUAAAAGUUACUUCAGAACAAGAGAAUUCCAGCUCUUGUGACCAGCCUGACUGAAUUACCAGCUGCUGGUAAUUGGUCACAUUCCUGAGUUUUAGAAACUGUUUGUUUUCUCAAACUCAGUUUCUGUAACAUAACACCUGCUGGGGUAAUAAAAUAUUACAAUUGAUCCUUAUAAGAAAUGAAAAUCAAAUCCUUGGUUUUGCUAAUCAAAUACCAAAUGUAAACAGAAGUUCCCCAACUGUGUUUUUCUUCACAUGCCUCUCCCCAAGUCCCUUUUACCCUGCAACAGCUCUACUAGUUAACAAAAAAAUUGCAUGUUUAAUAGCAGAAAUGUUGUUGUACUGGCUGUCAUGUCUGUAACCUGUUCUCAAAAGUAUACAUUCUGAUGUUGAAGAAUUCAAUUUAUUAGUGCUCUUUCCCUCUCCUCUGCUGCCUCUUUCAUCAAAAUAAUUAAAUCUUGUUAUUUAUUAUGC